CAAAGAUGUCAGAACGUGUUUAAAUCGUCGUUAUCGCGGAAUUGACAAUGGAAGAUUUUAACGAUGGUGUGGAUGGUAAAUUGGCUUUUAGAAUGCGAAAAGUCAAUCCAGAACAGUUUCACACACUUGUCAAAAUGCAUCUGUCUUUUGAAUUAGAUCUUAAUACUGAAGACAAUGACUGUAUCAAUGAAAAGGCAAAAUUGAAAAAAUGGGGUCUCUUGAGUUUUUCAAAGAAACCUAAGUCAACAAUUAAUUUACAAAGAGGAGUUGAAGGUGCUAGUUUAUCUGAAAAUGGAAUAAAUCAAGUAAAGCAGUUAAUAGAAUAUUUAUCCAAAGAACAAAAUAUUAUACAAGAAGGCAUAUUUCGACGCACUGGCAAACUAACAAGACAACAAGAUUUAAAAACUGCAAUGUAUCAAGGUAUUCCAUUAAAUCUUAAUGAUGGUCGAUAUAGUGUACAUGAUUGUGCAUCAGUAUUAAAAGGUUUUUUGGCUGAAUUACCAGAACCAUUGUUAUCAGAUUUGCAUUACCCAGCACACUGUCAAAUUGCAGAAUUAUGUAAUUCUAAUAUGAGUGGGAACGAUGCUAGAUUAUUAAGAUCUUUACAAUUGCUUUUAUUACUUCUACCAUCCAUAAAUAGAAUCUUACUUAAAUAUGUCUUGAAUCUUCUCAGUAAGACAGCUAGUUUUGAAUCUAAUAACAAAAUGAAUUGUGAUAGUCUUGCUACUCUUUUUACUCCACAUUUAAUGUGUCCAAGAAAAUUGUCACCAGAAGCUUUGCAUAUUAAUUCUCAAAAUUUAUCAUGUUUGGUUGCUUUCAUGAUCAGAAAAGAAAAUGAAUUAUUUGAAAUUCCACCAAAACUUGCUACAGAUAUUAGAGCAUAUUGGGUAGAACAAGAAAGAAAAUUAUUAAGUCCUAAAGAUACAAAUUUAAAUGAAUCUAUACCAGAUACAACAGGUACAGCACAUACGGUAUUUAGUUUUGUGGAUCAUAAGUUAACAGCAAAGGCAAAUUCUACACAAGAUACUCAAGCAGCAUUGGCACAACUUUAUGCUCAUAUACAAGCUAUGCCAGAAUCAGCUAAGAAGCGCAGACUUGUAAAACAAUUUAAUAAAGAAAAUGGUCAAGGCACACCAAGACAAGUAAAACAUUUCCGAACUAAGAGUCUUGGAGAUUCAAUUAAAAAACACAUAUUCCAGAAAAAGAUUUUGGGAUAUAAAAAAUUUGACAUUAAUAUAGGUUGCAAUAUCACUAGAUCAAGUAGUGAAGAAAACAUAUUAUCAUCGAAUCUAGAAAAAUCAUUACUACAAACAAAAGUAUUGCUGAGUAAAUCAGAUGAUGAACUUAGCAUGGAAAACUGUGAUACAAAUAAUGACAGUCUUCUUCAUACUAAACAUAUUAGUAAUAGUACUGGUAGUCUUAAUACUCCUUCAUUAAGGAGUUAUAAAGAUAAGAGAAAGGCUCUAUUAAUGAGGUUUGUAAAUAUAAAAGAGGAACAAAUGGAUGAUCAAUAUAAUGACUGGGACAUACAUAAAUCAGAAAAGGGAUCAUAUAUAGAAGAAUCUAUAAAUUCAAAGUCAAGUAAUGCAAAUGUAUCAUUACAAGAUUUUGAUAGUAAAGAAUUAGAACAAGAUAAUAAUGUUACAACUAAUACUGCUAGAUUAUCUAGACAAUUCAGUGAACCACCAGAUAUGUAUUCUUCUCAAACGACUUUAAACGAAAUCAGUGAAAAUGAAUUAUUUAGACAAAGUUCAGAACCUACAUUUUCAGUAUCAGAAGCAACUCGUGAUGAUACGUCCUUAAUUAAGUGUAGUGAAGACAACAAGAAAUCAGUAGAAUAUUCAAAAUUGGAAUCACACACUGAUAAUGCAUGUGUUCAUUUGUCCCCUGUUGUAAAGAAUAGACUUUGGAAUGUAUAUGUUGCUCAUACAUCGACGCCAUCGAAUUUAUUACGCAAAAGCUUAGUCACUAAUGAUUACAUGUUAACUCCUACUACUAACAAUGAUAAAAGCAUGAGUCCAAUUACACAAAGCGCUACUAAAAUGACAAAAGCUAUGCAGGAAACAAUGAUGACACCACGAUCUAGAAAACCUGUAAUGAUGGUUUCUGGAUCAAAUCUAUGUAAUCUUGCCUCUGUUAAUAAUAGUUGGCAUCAACAAGAUAUAUCUAAUAAUGUGCAUGGAUCAAAUCUUGAUAUUAUUAGUUCAAUGAACUGUACUUCAAUUCUAGAAGAAUCUCAUAAGCCUAAUAGUAUAGUCAAUGAAAUAAUAUACAGUGAAGGUAUUGACUUAGAGGAUAAAGAAAACAUAAGUAAAAAUGCAACGGAAAAACGAAAAUUUGUUACAUCAAUUACUGAUGAUUAUUAUGCAAUCAAACAACAAAGUACUAUGUCUAUAACGAGUACAUUUAGAGAGUAUUUAUUGUCUAGAAGUGUAUUAACUGCUAGUCCUGUUGAUCUCAGUUUCUCAUCGCGUACAGGAGACUUUGAACAAUCAGAAUCUGAUUUAAACAUUCUAAAUGAGGAUGGUCUAUCUGAGAGCUUACUUUGUUGUUUAAAUGGAAAUCAACCAGAAUCUGAUACAUCUGGUAUCGCAUCUGGUAGUACUAACAGUGCUAAUAAUUCGUCGGAAAAGAAUGAUGAAAUGGCAAGUUCGCCAAGAAAACGAGCAACUAGUUUACAGCGUAAUGAUUCUAAAAGAUCAAUAAAGGAAAGCAGAACGUCGAGGAAUAUACGAGGACAUGGUUUUAGACAUAAACAAUUAAGCGAAUCAACAUUAAGUUCGGUGAAAAUAAAAGAUAUGUUUCAAGAAACUUCAUUUUGA